AGAUAAAUGGAGGGAGAAGAAGCAGAGGUCGUUUGUGAGUGGUAAUUGAGCUCAAAACUAGUCUCUCCCAUGGCGUUCUCUCUCCAACUUUGUCGUCUUCCUAUUCGUACGGAUGCGGCCUUGCCGGAGAAUUUCGCCGGGAUUCGAGCACUCCGGUACAGGAGGCCUCUCUCCGUGAGAUGCGAUGCUGAUGCUUCUUCUUCUUCGCCUUCGGUGGCUGUGGAUUCUGAUUUUGACGCCAAGGUGUUCCGGAAGAAUUUGACGAGGAGCGACAAUUACAACCGCAAAGGGUUUGGUCACAAGGAGGAGACUCUGGCGCUCAUGGAUCGCGAGUAUACCAGUGAUAUCAUAAAGACUCUCAAAGAAAAUGGAUUUGAGUAUACGUGGGGAGAUGUUACUGUGAAACUGGCGGAAGCGUAUGGAUUCUGUUGGGGAGUUGAGCGGGCUGUUCAGAUUGCCUAUGAAGCGAGAAAGCAAUUUCCAGAAGAGAAAAUAUGGAUAACCAAUGAAAUUAUUCACAACCCAACUGUUAACAAGCGCUUAGAGGAUAUGAAAGUUGAAAACAUUCCACUCGAGGAAGGAAAGAAACAGUUUGAAGUGGUUGACAAGGGUGAUGUUGUGAUUUUGCCUGCAUUUGGAGCUGCAGUGGACGAGAUGUUGACAUUGAGUGAAAAAAGUGUGCAAAUCGUUGAUACAACUUGCCCAUGGGUUUCAAAGGUUUGGAAUGUUGUUGAAAAGCACAAGAAAGGCGAUUAUACUUCAAUCAUUCAUGGUAAAUAUUCUCAUGAAGAAACUGUAGCGACAGCAUCCUUUGCAGGAAAAUAUAUAAUCGUAAAGAACAUGACAGAGGCAACAUAUGUGUGUGACUAUAUCCUUGGAGGCGAACUUGAUGGAUCCAGCUCAACCAAAGAAGAGUUUAUGAAGAAAUUCAAAAAUGCAGUCUCAAAAGGGUUUGACCCAGAAGUUGACCUCACUAAAGUUGGCAUUGCAAACCAGACUACAAUGCUCAAGGGAGAAACAGAAGAGAUCGGAAAAUUAGUCGAGAGAACUAUGAUGCGCAAGUACGGAGUGGGAAGUGUUAACGAGCACUUCAUCAGUUUCAAUACAAUAUGCGAUGCUACUCAAGAGCGUCAAGAUGCAAUGUACAAGCUGGUGGAGGGAAAACUGGAUCUCAUGUUAGUUGUUGGUGGAUGGAAUUCCAGUAAUACUUCUCAUCUUCAAGAGAUAGCYGAGGAGCGAGGAAUUCCAUCUUAUUGGAUUGAUAGCGAGCAGAGAAUAGGCCCAGGAAACAGAAUAGCCUAUAAACUGAAUCAUGGGGAGUUAGUUGAAAAGGAGAACUGGCUACCCAAGGGUCCUAUCACGAUCGGUGUCACAUCCGGUGCCUCAACCCCCGACAAGGCUGUCGAAGAUGCUCUUAUCAAAGUCUUCGACAUUAAGCGCGAAGAAGCAUUGCAGUUUGCAUAAAUUCAUAGGUUAGUAGUUCAAAUUGACUUGUUAGGGACCAGAGUUGUGAUGAUUGUGAAUGAAUGUGGAACUGAAAGGCAGUACCCUCCCUUUUAUCAAUCAUAUAGUGUCUUGUAUCGGUAUAUUAAUGAUGUGCAGUAAAGAUCCUAGUCUUCACAGAAACGCGUCGUGUAGUUUGGGUAGUUCAUCGAGUAUGUCGACCUCCGACGCAGUUGAAUCGUACCUUUAAUUGUAUCUUGUACACUUUUUCACCCUCUGGCUACAGAGAAAAUAUGAUUGAAUCAGAGUGUUGGGUUGCCUGUUAUUUA